AUGGCUCGCUUGACAAACUCUCUCCUGAAGAGCAUUGUUAUCCGAACGCAGUUUGACAGCGUCAGAAGGAAACAGUGCCUGCAGUAUCUGAACACUCUGAGGACACUGCAGUACGAUGGGUAUAAGACUGUGUAUUUUGGGGAAACUGAGAUCCCAGAGACUCUUGUCACCGGGGAAGAUUUCAGCGACAGCUAUUACAUGCACAGCCCCACCUGGUGUAUUCUGCAUGCUGGAGGCAGCCAGGGGUGGGUGCCUUGGAAAUACCGGAUGUUCUUAAGAGAUGACCUAUGUAUCAAACAGGAAGACAGCCUCUUCUUUGAGUUCUGCGAUGUCAUAAAGAAGGCCUACGGGAAGUGCGCCAUCGUGGUCAAAGGGCAAAGGCAGCAAGAUGAGACGAAGCCCAAGGCAGACAUGGAGGGGGAGGCCCAGGCCUAUGUCCCAACAAGCAUCAAUUUAACAAGCAUCGUGUGUUCCCCAGGAGUGGCCAAGUCCUACGGCCAUGAACUAAUCUCUCUGCCCUCCCUGUAUAACUACCUGAACCCCUUAGAUUCGGCCUGGUCGUCUAUGAAAUGGUUUAUCAUCAACAACAGGAAAGAAUUCUGUCUGCAGUCUGCUGAUGAUGUCUACACUUACCAGUACAUACUUUUCAGCGACUUAAUCAGCAAAGGGAUUGAAAAGGUCAGCCUGAGCAAGUGGAAGGCCCUCACCAACAAAGUGCGGAGGUGGGAAAACUACUAUCUCGGGAAAUUUUCUUAG